AAUCGUCCGGAGUAAUAUUGAUUCCAUUUCUUUUUUAAAUAAAGUAUUGACUAGCCUUACCCACUACUCAUGUUUUGAAAUAAGUUCCCGAACUCCUCUUUGAACCUAAGCAAGAAGAAGCCCAUUAGUUAGCUGGCGAUGGCUAUGACGAUGACGAAAUCGUUGCUUACUCGGCCGGGCAUGGCGAUCUUCUGCGCCUCGCGAUUUCGCUUUUCAAGUAACCUCGUCCGGUUUUCAGUUGCAGCAAUGACUAAACUCCUAGCAGCAGACCCGAUCGCGUCGGAAAAGCUCCUUUAUCCUAUCACGGUGGCGGCUCCAUUGGUUUUCCAGCGUCAGACAUUCUGUACCCGAUCAACAGCCGACGAGAAUUGUUACCGCACAAUCGAUUCUCCUCUGAUGCAGUCCAUGAAAAAGAAGAUCAAGGAACAACUGAAUGCAGAAUCAGUUACAGUUAAUGACCUUAAUGGUGAUGGUCGGCAUGUCAGCAUCAACGUUGUCUCUGCGGCAUUUGAGGGGCAAUCUGCUGUGAACAGACAGAGGAUGGUAUACAAAGCCAUAUGGGAAGAACUUCAGCAAACCGUGCAUGCUGUUGACCAGAUGACUACCAACACACCGGCGGAAGCAUCAGGAAAGAAGUGAUGUUGCAUGCAUACCUAUUUGUCUCUCUAGUCUCUGAUUAUUCUUUUCAGCCAAAAGUGAGAGAUAGUUGCAUGAAUGAACUGUUUUUUCGAGUAUCUCUUUAACUUUAUGGUAUGUUUGGAAACAUGGAUUUGGAUUUCAAAUCCGGAUUUAGCUCAAAUCCCAUUUUGAGAAACUUAAAAAAUUCAAAUUUGGAUUUGAGUCAAAUUCUUCUCAUUCAAAACAAAGCUUAAUUUGAAAUCCAUGCUCCUCCUCUUGUC